UGAGCAUUCGAACUUAUGUUUUUGGUACAGAGGGUAGCACCCCCUUGCGGCGAACUUCAGAUUAUUCGUGACUUUUUCAAAAUGGAGGAAGGUGACAAUAAAACAGAAGUACAAUCAAGUGAAACAAAAAAAUCAUAUGCCGGUAUUCCCGAAGCCGAAUUUGUGGAAGAUGUCGAUGAAUUUAUGGCAAAAGCGGAAAACGAUGGAGCUGCGGAGAAAGUGUUGAAAAGAUUAGACGAAAAUCAUAGUAAAUACAAAUUUAUGGAAUACAAUUUAAUAAGUAAACGAAGAAGAUUAAAAGUUCAAAUUCCCGAUUUGGAGCAAUCACUUGAAAUGAUUGAGAAAUUACAAACCGAAAAGAAUAACAGUAAAAAUUUGGAGACACAAUUUUUAUUAUCAGAUCAGGUUUUUGCAAAAGCUAUUAUUCCGCCCACGGAUAAAGUGUGCUUGUGGCUUGGUGCUAAUGUUAUGUUAGAAUAUUCUCUCGAUGAUGCACAAGAACUUUUAACGAAAAACAUGGAGACAGCGAAGAAAAAUUUGGGAUUUGUCGAGCAUGAUUUAGAUUUUAUCAGGGACCAAUUUACAACCACGGAAGUUAACAUGGCUCGUGUAUAUAAUUGGGACAUUAAACGCAAACAAGCUGCAAAAUCAUUAAGUCAUAUAGAUGAAGAAGAAGAGGAACUUGCUAAAUCAUCAUGAAAUUCUUUUAAUUAAAAAUCGGAUAUUUAAUGAAUUUUUGCUUUAUACUAUUAAUUUCUUUUUUCUAAUACUCAUGAACCAGUUUUUUUUUUAAGGAAAAAACUGCAACUGCAAAAAAACUAUUUUACAACACAAAUUAAAUAAAAAAAAAACAGUUGCAAAUGAGAAAGAGAUGAAGUUAAAAAUUGUCAUUUACACAAUAUUUAGAUUUAAAAUAUACGUAUGAAAAUAUAAUUGAAAAUUCGCUUCUCACAUCACAUUUGCGUCACAAUUUUCUUAAUUAAAUCUGUAUAAUUAAAUGUAAUAAAACUAGCUCGUAAUUUAUAA